AUGCAUCAACAGGCUCGACCCGCUCCACGGGUCUCCUCCCCCGCUUCUGCGCCCCAGACGAAUCCCACAAGAACGAAUAAUCCGAGAGAAGCAAUGCUCGGUACUCGCGAGAGAGCAAGCUCCGGAGCGUCUGGCCGUGAUUCUACUGCGGCGUCGCCAACGGUCGAGAACCUGCCAGGUUCCGUGUCGGCUGAUGCUGUCAAGAAGCUGGAUCAGAUAAUUCAGGUGUGUAGGGGAGAGGUCGAAAACCGCUCCAGCCAUGGUCAGCGACUAACUUCAGCUCAGAACUUUCACACCAAGGCCGCAUCGUUAGUCCUGCAAUCGCGUUUGAACCUCAAGCCCAUAUACGCGGCCCGUGGCUCUGGGAACAAGAAGCUUAACAAAUGGUUCCAAAUCGAGACAGAAGAGUUCGACGAUUUCAAGGAGGAGCUUCGUAUUUGGCGCAACUGCGGUAGCUUCGAGCAUAAGCCCAUGCCUCUCAUUAUCGAAACCUAUCUCGAUACAUCACGUUUGACCCCUAGCCAGAGUCUAGUGAUUGUGGACGAAAAUGGAAAGAGAUGGGAUGUUAUGGAAGCACUCAACUCGUCCGAUUCGAGCGACGACGGCCGCUCUUUGCCCGCAAAGAGAAACACCGAGGUAAUACUGGAAAGAUGGCGCAUUGAGCUCAAGACACUACCUACAACCGACCUUGAUGACUUUGGCCCGAUACUGCCAACCAUUUACAAAAAGAGCAUUGUCUUCUUUCGGUCUCUCUUCGUUGCAACCAGGAUUCUUCCUGCUUGGAAGUUCUCUCAAACAUCUGCAACGAAAGGUGUCCAUCCUUCAUUGGAACCCCGCUGCCGUGUCCGAACCGGCGAACCAGAUACCGGUGGCCUUGACCGGCUGAGGCAUCCGUUGUACGAUGGCCGCCCGGAUGUCGUAACCGAUUACGUUUUUGGCGACUUGGAGGUACCUGUUGGUCGCUUCUAUGCGUCUGUCACUUACAGGAAUGAGUGUAACUUCAGGGUGGAUGAUUCAGAGGCGCUCUUGAGCUCGCGGUUCAUGGGGGUUGAUGAGAACUUCUUCAAGCCGUCACUACCUCAGCGAGCAUCAUCCACCCGGCGAAAUGACACCGAGGUGGGUUCUCUUCCAUCUCAUAGAAGGAGCCGCACCCUUGCAGAAAUGCACCAGACCUACGGCAGCCUCUCAACCUUUCACGGCGAGGGAGCAUUGGGCACCAGUCCUAUAUCAGCCCUCAAGGCCGUGAAGCCCCCGGGGUCCGAUACGAGCUCUCCGCCUGGAUCUGCUCCAACGAGCAGCGAGCUGAACCCACCAAAUUCAUUACCUGUUACUGGUCUUGCAACGAGACCCUCUAUGAAAGGCUUCAGUAGCAGUAGCCGACGUCCGUCUGUCUCGUUCCAGCCCUUCAAAGCUGGUUCGCUGUCUGGAUCUCCCAUCCCCCGAACGCUAGAUUCUGAACCUCCCGCAUCUCCAAUCUCACGCGCAGCGGCACUUAAUGCCCUUACACAACCUCGCAACCGGACGUCACUGACAGCAGGAAUGCCUGCCACCCUCCGAGGUGGCCCUCUGCCGGCCGAAACAGCCGUUGUAGGCUCGCCUCGACUAUCUUCGACGAGCCGGUACAGCAGCAGCUUCACUCAUCGCAAAGGGCGCUUAUCAUUCGGCGGCGCUAGCAAAGCCGGCGAUGAUGAACAAGGCAGCAGCGGUCGGCAAAGCCUAUCUUCGUCAGUGGCUCAGCCAGGUUCUGGUCUUCUAGCCGAGGCCAGUGGAGGCGGCAGUUCCGGAUCGCUUCAAACAGAUGACGAUCAAAUUUCAGAGUUUCUGAAGGCGCUGGACAGCAAGAAGACGCUCAAGAGCUUUGAAUCAAGCAAGAAGGGUGAGGGCGCAACGAAUCGGACAGUUGCCCAGCUUUCGAGGUUCCAUCUCAUGAAGGAGUCAAACCAGGCCCUCACAGACUCGAUGACUUCGUCAAUGCAAAUGCAGCGCUCGUCAAGUUCAUCCAGCCGACUGUUGUCGAACGUGCCUAGCAUGGCCGCACCAGCGUCGGUUUCCGUCUCCUCCUCGCCAGGAAAGCCCCUCUCUCCUCACACCCCUCAUACACCGGCUGUCCCUUCACGAUUGAGCGAGAAUUCAAUCAUCAACUACAACACGAGCCAGCCUAGAAGCGACCGUACCAACCCCAGCGCCGAGAACACACAGGUCCCUAGAGAGGACACGAUCACUCAGGACGGUACUACUGCUAUUGACAUACCCAUCUCUCCUAGAAUCGGCACUCACCCUAGACGGUCCAGCUCGGUGGCACAGCAGAAUCGCGCAAUGGUUGAUGACGACGAUGGGGAUCUUGCUUUCGCCGCCAAUCGCAGCAUCAGCUUGGGCGCAGAGGAUCGCGAGCCGCCCACGCUUAGUAUGUUGCUAGGGAGGCAGACGGAAGCAGAGUCUGCGUCUCGUCGAGCAGGAGCUUCGCUGCAGCCGACGGUAGAUAUUCCAUCAUCGGGUUCGGCAGAGAUGAUGAGGCAGGGUUCAUCAGAAGGAUCCAAACCUCCAGGUGGUCUGAUGGCUGUUGCGCCAUCCAGUUCACCAUUUGGCAGGCGCCGGUACGCCGGCAUGCCAUCUACGCAAGGCCGAGGCCAGACGCCUCCCCAGUCCUCAAGAGGCAGCUUCACGGGUUCCAUUGGACGGUACGGACGUGGUGAAAACGACUUGAUGGACGAGGAGCCGCUCCUGUUUGAUAUGUCAGAGAUGGAUGCCCAGUCGCGGAGAAGUCUGGAGGAGGGACGCGGCGGCGGUAACAUUGGUUCUGGAUCUGGCAGUCGAGCCGAAUUUGAACCUCGCGGUAUAAGCCGAAGGGGAUGGUGA